CCUUCUCUUGCCUUGCAAUGCCUUCCUUGUUGACACUGGCCCGAUACUGUACAUGCACACAUUCCAAACCUGUGAGCGUGCAUGAGACAUCUCAGAUACAACCCAAAUGGCUCCACGUUCACGAUUGUAAUGUGUCUCCCGCCUCGAAAGAUUUACAUAAAGUAGUGUAGCCUCUUGUAAAGAUGGAAUGCGACACUCGGAAAGCCCACCACUCGUUUGACCCAAGAGAUGACAGGUUUCGGCGGCGCCGCAUGGAUUCGGUCUCGGCGGCCCUUCGAUGAAAAUGCCCUUAAAACGGUCUGGGCCGGUCUGCUUCUAGCAGCGUUAUUUGCAACAUACAUGUGCAUCCAACGAGACGAAACCGCUUUGGCAGUUCCAUACAUCACACACCGGUAACCUGUAUCGCCGUAUGGUACCCAUCUCGCCUGGUCCAGUCCUCAGAUCCGGGCUCCAGUGCCUGUCGGUUCCAGGUUGUAAACCUUGGCGAUUGCUCCCGAGACAUGGAAUCAAAACACCAGUUUCGCCAGCACAGAAACCGCUGCGCUGUAGAGACUUCGCCUAUGGGAUACAGUUCGUGACCUGGCCGCCGCCAUUUUUCAGUCCCCAACUUUGCGAGUCUUCAGACUUCGGCACACAACCGAUCUCCGCAACCAGGACCAAUCCUCCUGGUCCUGUACAGACCGGACGGAUCACCACAUCCGAGAAGAACCGCGGAAGCAGGAUGUCGGCCAUGCUUUCGGCUAUCGACGUUUACGAGACAGCUGGCACGCCUGAACCACCUCACAGAGGACCACUUCAAGUUACAGUACCCGGCAUUGACCAGUUGCCGGUCGCUUCGUGCGGAUCUCGUAGACCCUUCUCUUUGCCCCCUUCCCCUGGUCGAUUUCCGCCUAUCUCUGCAGGAGAUCGGAACCAACCCCAAUACAGACGGGAGGAGGUUUCGUGUCGUCGUCACCAGGAUCGCCUUCAGCCUCCGCGCAUGCCACUUGCUUAGCCCUGGGACUCUUGGACGUGGAGAGAGCAGCCCAGAUCAGGCUAGGCUGGGUCAAGUCGCGCUAUCAUGGGAACCUCUCUGGUGUUGGAGUGCCCAUGGUGACGCGUAGCUCUUUUCUCCAAACUUCCUUCUACCACGUUGACUGCUCCUCAACCUUUCACUUAUCGUUAGUUCUACCGCUAUAUGGCAGUUAACAUGGGGAUAAAACAUAUUCGCUUCUGCUCCGGCCUCAUCCUCGCGUAGAUCCCCCCUCGCUUACACACUCGCAAGCCUAGCCUCACAGGCCAAGCCAAG